GCAUUCCCAGCGUCGUCAAAGUUGUUGGUAGAGCCCGCUCCCAAAUGUAGUUGUGCAUUGUACCGCAUGGCACAAGGAGAUAUCAGCCACUGAUGACCGAGGUGUUGGUGUCAUGCUUGGGCGUCUCUGGGCUCGGGGCUUUCUCAUGCUACUCUCUCACUUGGUACGCCCCGCAAUCCCAAGGCUCACUCCUCUCGCUCGCUCCUUUGCAUCCUCUACUGCCAUCAGAAUGCAGGUUCUACCAGUCCUAGUCAGCGCGGACAACUAUGCCUACCUCCUCAUCGACGAGGCCUCUCGCAAGGCUGCAGUGAUCGACCCGUAUGACGUACCGAAGGUGCAAGCGGUGGCACAGGAGGCCGGUGUAGAGAUCGUCGCAAAUUUGACGACCCACCACCAUAUGGACCACGCUGGAGGAAAUAAGGAUUUUGCCUCUGCCUACCCCGGCGUGCCGAUCUAUGGUGGAAGCCAGCAAGUGAAGGCCGUCAACAAGAUCGCACAAGACAAGGAAGAGUUCACUGUUGGGGACACGAUUCGCGUAAAGUGCCUUGCAACUCCGUGCCACACCCGCGACUCCAUCUGCUACUAUGCGACCUCCUCGUCUUCCUCGCAUCCCGGCGCUGUGUUCACUGGCGACACGCUCUUCAUCGCAGGAUGCGGCCGUUUCUUCGAGGGCAACGGCACCGACAUGCAUGCCGCCCUCUCGUCCCUCGAGAAACUGCCUCCGCAGACGAUCGUCUACAAUGGACACGAGUACACGAAGGGCAGUCUCGCCUUCGCGAAGUCUGUGGAUCCCGAGAACCCAGCUCUCAAGAGGCUGGAGAAGAUUGUCAGCGAAAACGAAGUUACGACGGGUCGUACGACGUUGGGAGACGAGAAGGAGUGGAAUCCCUUCAUGCGCUUAACGACCGAGCCCAUUAAGAAGGCCACCUUUGAGCAGACGGAAAGCGCUAUCAUGGGCGCGCUGCGCGAUAUGAAGAAUAGCUUCCGCGGAUGAGUUGUAUUCAUGUCAGCCACUGAAGUGCGGUGGUCCUGUCGAAGAGUGCGCUGGUGUGAAGAGGAAUCAAGGGACAGUGGAUGUACCGAUAGUUGUUAAUAUGUAUCUGCACCAAUUCCAUGUACAGCAGUGCGCGAAAACACCGCAUGACUUCCUGUCAUGCGAUGUUGCUGCGUCUUGGCGGAUAUCCUGAACACUGCAGAGGCACUUGUAAUCGCUUCGUGACAGCAACAGUGUCGCAGUUACUGAGGAAUCCAA